AAAUGAUGAUUAAUUUUUUUAUUAAAACCUUUUAUGAAUUAUGAAAAGAAAAAUGCCUAAACUAAUGUUAUCAGCGGUCUCAUAUGAACCUUUAUGUUCAGAGGAAAUUGGUGAUGUCAAUGGUCCACCUAGAACAAAAAAGAAAGGUAUACUAUGUGCGUCAUCUAAAAAACGUAUGUAUGCUUUAAUGAUCCUGUCUGGUGUUGCUCUUUUGUGGGUAUUUAUUUAUUAUAAGCUAUUAAAUCACCGAUUUGAGCUUCCAGAACCAUUAAGAGAAUUGCGAAAGAUGUUUGGGGAUGGUGAGGUAAAAAAGAGGCGUGGUCGAGAAGAUGAGACAGAAAAUGUGGUUGUCACCACUUUGGCAGAUACAGCAUGUCUUCCUCAGUUUUCUAAAGAACGAAAACCUGAAUAUAUACAUAUUGCUAUUGUGGCGUGUGGAAAACUGGCGGAUGAAGCCCUAGUAAAUAUGAAGGCAGCAACAUUAGUUUCAAAUGCUAACCUCUUUUUUCACAUAUUUACAGAUGAAAAACAUAUAAAACGGAAAACAUUUGAUAAAGAGCUACAGAGCUGGCCAGCAAUGACACAGCAUUGGCUCAUGUUUACAGUGUAUCCAAUAUAUUACCCAGUAAGCCAGGACCAUACACAAUGGUUGGAAUUGUUUAAACUGUGUGCCUCACAAAGAUUGUUUCUUGCUUCAAUUCUCGUUCAUAUAGACUCAGUUAUAUAUGUUGAUACUGAUGUUUUAUUUUUAAGACCACCGGAAGACCUGUGGGAGUAUUUUAAUAACUUUAACAAUACACAAAUUGCAGGCAUGGUCAGAGAAUGCGAACCAAGUACUUCAAAUUGUUGGUAUAACAAACAACUCUCUCAUCCAUAUGUCCAACCAUAUGGCGUAAACAGUGGUGUAAUGUUGAUGAAUUUAACGAGAAUGCGAAAUUUAAAAUGGGAACAUGAGCUGAUCAGUAUAUACAACGAUUAUAAUUCUAAAAUUGCCUAUGGCGAUCAAGAUAUCUUAAAUAUUUAUUUUCAUCGCCACAUGAAAAGCUUGUUUUUUUUAUCUUGUGAUUGGAACUAUCGACCACUUCACUGCAUACACGGAAAUUUAUGUUCCAAAGCAAAACGAAAUGGUGUUUCCUUAAUGCAUGGUAAUCAUGGUGUAUUUCGGGAUAAAAAAUUACUUCCUGAAUUUUUUGCAGUGUACGAUGCAUACAGUGACUACGAAUUUUCCCAUAAUGUAUUUCAAAAGGACGUUGUUAAGAACGCAUAUGAGAAGCUUUCAAAGCUGGCUAAAAAGAAAGAUGCUUCUAAAUGCACAAGGAUGAAGAAUGCGAUGUUGAAGCAUAUUCGCUGUAAAAAGACAGAUAGUGCGCAUUAGCAUUAUGAAUAAAUUGCUGUAGCACGUUAUUCUUUAUUUAAUUUUUUUUCAAUGCAUGUGCAUAAAAAAAUGUUAAAGUUUUUAAGUCAUGUAGGCAUUAUUCAUGAAUUCCGGUAAGAGAAUAAUUUUAGAGCAGGGUGGCCAAAAGUCCUUAAAUC